AUGGUAGGUUCAAGGCUUGAACCAUGUCUUCUUGCGCCCUUGGCCAUAAGCUCAGCUCACCGUCGCGACACUUAUUGCUGGAGCUACACGAGGAGUGGACAAUACACGGUCAAAUCGGAAUAUUGGGUGGCUCAAAAUGUAUUAAAGAGAGAGGAGGAAAAGCAGGUUGUGGAGCCAAGUAUCACCGACCUUCAAGCCUAUGUUUGGAAGUUGAAGACGCCUAAGAAGAUAUGUCAUCUUAUAGGGCAAUUGUUAACUGGUCAUGUGGCAGUUACAAGGAACCUUGCGAGACGGAAUAUGAGGUGCGAUAACUACUGUCCAAGAUGUGGAGAACUAGAGGAAUCUGUAACACACGCGAUUUUUGAAUGCCCUCCUGCUCUACAAGUUUGGUCUCUUUCAUCAACUCCAACGGGCCCGGGGAUAUUCCGAGUACCAAGUGUCUAUACAAAUAUGGACUUUCUAUUUUGGAGAAAAAACGCUAUCAUCGAGCCAGACCAGGACAGAGAUCCUUACCCCUGGUUGAUUUGGUACAUUUGGAAGGCUAGGAAUAAGAAACUCUUCAGUGGGAUAGAUAGAGAUCCGUUGGAGCUGGUCCGACAUGCAGAAAGCGAAUGUCAAGCAUGGUUUGAGGCGAAUAAGGUCGUACAACCAAUCAUACAAGACAUCAAUGUUGAGGAAUCUCAAUGGUGGGAACACCCAACUUAUGGGGGUAAGGAAUCUCACGCGGCGCGAGUCACCCCUGCAUACAGAAUUGGAAGCACUGCGGUGGGCAAUGGAGAACAUGCUCCAACAUUCGACAUGCCAGAGCUUUGGAACGGACUGCAAGGAGAUGAUUGCAAUGUUAAAAGAGCCCCAGGUUUGGCCAAGCUUUGCGACGGAGCUGGAAAGGAUUGA